AUGCGACAUGAAAGUGAGAGUUGCCUUUCUGCAGCUCUGAUGCAUUCACAUACCACAUUCACAUGCUCAUGGGCCCUUCCCAGUUCCAAGCAGCCACACACAGUACUGUUGAGAUUUUCGAAUCACAGGUCCGACUACGUUGAUGGCAUCUCCCCGGAGACAGUGCAAGCUAGUCUUGGUCGAGAUAUCGGCGUGUUGGAGCUCAACGGUGCCAGGGUCAGUGCGCAGGCCGUCGAGAAGUACGGACUUGAGUUGCUGAAUAGCGAGCUGAGCAUCGAUGCCAGAGUCCCAUGGCGCCACCUGAGCUCCCAGCCGACGACACUUUCUGUGCGCUCCGUUCGCUUAGAGCUUCGCCUGCGCUCCAAGCAGAUACCAACUGCUGGACAGCCAAAGGAGAGCAAGGAAGCUGAGGUUAAAAAGAUUGAGGAGCAAAUGCUAGCUGAAGCCGAUUCGGCUCACGGAAGCUCCUCGGGAUUCGUACUGGGACGAGUUGCACGAGUGUCUCAUGCAAUCUUGCGACAACUGCGGGUGACCUUAGGGAAGCUGGAGGCACACGUGCAUCAUGAACUUCCGGAGAAGGCGCCUCUGUCACUCUCCUUGGGAGAGUCCCGAUUGGAAAGCGUGGGCAGUGACUGGACGAGCCUGCCACUUCUAGAGGAGUCCACUUUGCGCAAGGUCCUGAGCUUUUCUGGAUUUGAACUACGGCUGGGAGGCCAGGAGCUCUUCGGUCCACUGUCGCUGCAAGCGAAGUUGCUGCACUCUCCGGAAGAGGCCCUUGCAAAGCUUUGGCUGGAGCUUCCGCAGGAGGCAGAUGCGGCUUUCCGCAUUUCUGCAACGAUGCUCAAAGAGCUGCGAAGCUGGUUUGACUGGGCCGUGCGACGGUAUUUAACAACGUACUGCAGCGACGGACGGGAGCUGUCAGAGGCAGCAGGUCAAAAGUAUGCGCUAUUGUACUCACAAAAGACAGCAGGAGCUUCUUAUGAUGAGGGGCUUCUUCAAAGACUGGAAGAAGCUGCAACUGCCAGAUGGUUGGCAAAGUGGAGGAGCCAGAGCCGUCUCGUCUCUAAGUCGGAGUCGGCACAAUCAAGCGGCAGUCAAUGGCAGUGGUGGAACUGGGCGAGUGGUGCAUAUGGCUAUGACGGCUAUGGACCCGCUGUCGAAGGCGAAGUGCCCGAAGUAAGAGAAGCAUGGAUGGAGCCUGACAGUGUCCCUUCCGUCAGAGCAUUCCUAGAUGAGGUUGGUUCAGAUGAGCCGCUGCCUGAGCUCGCAACGCCGACUCGCCUAGAAGUGGACAUGCUGAUACCGCAAUACACAGCCCUUUGCACUGCCUCAGGUGGCCUGCUGACUGCAUCCGUGGGAGGCGUGGCCUUUUCGCUGGGUGUCACUGCGGAAGCAGAUGGUUCAGGUUCCGCAUCCUUGAAACGACGCAUCUCAUCGACUGUCAAGAUCUCGUCAAUGGAAGUGUGCUUGGACAAGCAGCCUUUCGUACAGCUUUUGCAGAGGCCAGGCACUCGGUCGCAGAGAAGAUCUUUCGAGACAGAGCAACAAUCUCACAGGCUGGAAGCUGGAGAUGGAAUGCAACUGCGUCUUUUGGCAGAGGAGAAGCCAGCCACUCCGUGGGAUGUGUCAAUAUCCCUGUUGGGUGAGCCAGUGCAGGUUCAGCUUGCCCCUUGGAGUUUGCAUGGCGCCCUGCGGACGGCGCAUGAUGUGUGGAAAGCCUGGAGGGGCGACACUGCGCGUGCCAUAGAAGUCCCGCGUGUGAGCGAUGUGAGCGACCUGAGCGUCGACACGGACUUGAGGGAGACUGAAGCGACCGAAGCGACUGAAGCGGUGGCUGCAUCAGCGACCGGGGCCUCCGGCUUGGAAGGGCUCGAGUCGCUCGAGUCGCUGGAGUCUCGGUUCUGUUUUCGGGUUGAGGUGGAGGCACCUAUUCUGCGUUUGCAGGCUUGGGAAGAUGGAGCUUCUCUUGAGCUACAUCUCGGCCGCUUCUUCAGCAGGUCCUUGGAAAAGCAAAGGCUGAAGCUCGACGCAGCAUGCAAGUCUUCACUGACAGCUCUUGUCGAGCAAGCUGCCGAAUCCGUAAAGCCUGCAAACUUGGCCUUGCUUUGCGAGCUGCGCGAUACCAGGCUGACACUAAUAGAGCCAGGGAAAGAGGAUCGCACGCCAUACGAGCCUUCGACCAUCGUUUUCGGUGCCUUCCUUGACGAAGGCAUCCAAUUGCACACCGAGGCCACCGAGAUACGUUUGCACAUUGACCCAGGCUUGCUUCGUUUGCUCGGACAGAUCCAUGGUGGCCUAGACUUUGCAGUGGCACCAUUGUCAAGGGACUUUGUGGAAUCGUCAUCUCCUGUGUGGAGGCCUCGCAAGCCCAAGAAGGCCUCAACCUUGACGGGUGUUCCGUUGAGUUUCACUUUGAACACGAGUAGCUUCGACAUCAUUUGGGAUCCCGAGGGCGGCCGGGGAUUCCACGAAGGAUCCGUGAAAGGACAUGUUGCUGGAUUCCGGAUUGGCCUCAAUGCAGAUGCUGCUGGAGUUAAUCUUGUUAGUGCAGCGCAAGAUCUUCGACUCGACUGUGGAGAUCGGAGGUUUCUCUCCAGUCUAGGACACCUGGACAUCACGGCAAACUAUUCGUUGGAGACGGUCCGUCAAGUUCGUCUCCAAAUCUCUGCUCCACCCUUGGAGCUUCGCUGGGCAGCAGAAUCGAUGAUAAAAGCGCAGUCAGCUUGGGACACCAUCCAGAAGCAGAUGCAGAAUGGACAGACCGAUGCAUUGCGACGGUGUGGCUCACAGGAGGUUUUUGUGUCCCGUGCCCUCUGGGAUCGCUUUGUGGCGGAGAGGACCGAGGAGCUGCGCGACGCGUGGGACCAGGCCUUGUCCAACUUGAGCGGGCCGUCCGGGCCAUCGGCAUCGCCGACUUCGUGGGACAAUCGGGACAGCGCAGCUCUGUCUGUGGAUCUGUGCCUGAGAAGCCAGGAGCUGAGGGCCGUCUUGUUGCGGCCAUCUCGGUCUUCCCGUCACGAUACCGAGGAGGUGCGCGCCACGAUUCUUGGUCUGGAGUGUCGUCUCAGACGGGAUGAAAAGCUGCAGCUCACUUCGACCCUUACCAGCUUGGAGCUUUGGCUGGGUCCACGGCUUCUCUUGGCCCCACGGAAACCCGAUUUACCUCUCCUUCACGCAACAGUUUCACGCCUCCAUCAGGGCCGCUUGGACGUAGACGUGACUUGGGCGCAGAUUGCGCUCGUCUAUCGCCAGCGUGACUUCGAACGAAUUGCAAGCUUGUGUCAGCAGCAGAUUUCAGACAUUUCCGCGGCGGGGAACUUGGCUGAAACGAGCAAGACAUCGCCUGGAGAGUCUGUCUAUGAUGAGGCUACUUCACCGGUUGGGAAGCCUGAGGCGGAAGUGCAGUCAAAGACAUCCGUGAAGUACUGCUUCAACAUCGACGCUCCACUUCUUUUCCUACCAGCCAGCACCGGAAAGAACUGCGACGUGGGGGUGCUGCCUCCAGACGACCUCCGAGGUGGUCUAAGCAUGGAAGACCCCAUUCUUGCUGAGCGGACUUUCCUGCCACUGCCCGAUGAAGGAUUUGGUGUUGUGGACCUCGGCAAUUGUUUGGUUGAGAAUGACACUGAGAAUGCAACUGACACGACGGUACGUGUUCUGCUGCGACGGUUACAGAUCUUUUCUGUUGCCUCGCAUGAUAUGGACACUGACCAGGUCUGGAACCAAGUCUUGAUGCCUGUAACCGCGGAAGUGGAAGCACGCAGCGGUGCCAACUCCUUGGACAUCCUGGUACAGGUCCCGCUCCAUAAAUCGGAGAGUCGGUCCGGAACCCAUGAGUCAAGUUCACCCGACCCAUCCGACCCAUCCAAUAUUAGCUUGACGCGUGCUCAAGCUACUCAGCUCUUCGACGUUUUGUACCUCAACCUGACAUAUGCUUCUGCUGAGGAGGUGGAAAGACUGAAAGCGAACCUCAAGUCGCGUCUGCAACAGCAGCUAGCGGAGCGCCUGACGCAGUCGGGUAGAGGCUUCCGAUUCAGACUUGAAUGGACAGGGUCGCUUGUGGUCGACGCGGGGUUUACCUCAUCAUCACCUUUGGCCCGCAUGGAGAUGGCGAAUGGUUUUUUUGAAUUCUGCCGGCCAUUCUCCGAUGGCGAGAGCGUCGAGCGCUACAUCGAGUUUGUUUGUGAAGGGGGUUGUGUCAAGGAUGCUCGGAAUGGACAGUCGCGUAUGCUGAUUGACCUGCCACGUCUUCCACGACGUGGUCUUCAUGUCUCAGCAAAGCUGCCGGCUGAGCAGGAUGGUGUCACCUCCAUGGAUGUCAAGCUGCACCAGCCCAAUCUGUGGCUGUUGCCGCAGCUGUGGACAGACCUCCUCACAUGGGCCACAUCGAUCUAUCAGCAGAGUGCACAAGCUGACUACAGUGCAGCUCCCGAUGAGGGAUCCAGAGCUCAAGCAAUUGAGGUACAUGUUCAAGAUGGUGCCGUGAGACUUCCGAUUGCCUGGGGCACCGAGCACUUUGCGCUGGUUGGAGAUGUACUGGUCUCGAUGAAGUCUUCUGGAGACAAGCUGAACUUCGAGCGACUUGAACUGCCUAAUGUUCGAAUCCUCCGUGUUGCCGACGCUGCGACUGACUCGGCUGACGCGGCUGAUGCAGCCGAUGCAGCUGAUGCAGCUGACACUCCAAGUCGACUACUCUGUGAAGAUGCGACAUUCUUUGCAAAAAUCUCUAGCGAGAAACGGUCGGCUGCAGGUGUCAGGCUCAGUGCCUAUUCGGCAGAGAUUGUCAAGCUGGGGCAGAUUGAGCUUAGAAUAACUCUGCAAGAUGUUCUGGAAGUAUCAGAGAUGCUAAAUGCAAUGGCGGCAAUGGAGGCAGACACCUCAGAGCCCGAAGAAGAGAUCCGAAGAAGAGAUCCGCAGUCCUUAGUCCAACGCCAGAAGAUCAGCGUUGAUGCGUCCAUUGAGGUCGAUGGAAUCCAGUUGCGAGUGCUUGCGCCCCGACCAGUCGUGGAGUUUGCCUUGGGAUGUCCACUGAUGCAAGUGCACCUGCAGUGGGCCCAGGGGCAAAUGCCUGCUGGAUCGAUUCUGCUGCAAAGUUUGUGGCUUCGCACAUCAGCUUUGAACGAGCGGCUGGCGGCGUGGGAGCCCAUACUGGGCAAAUGCACGUGGAACGUGGACUUCUCCAGCGCAGUUUCUGGCCACCGCCCAGAGGCUAAAAUGGAGCUUCACGCUGCACCGUGCUCCCCAAUCCAGUUGGCGGUAACGGUCCCAGCAAUUCGCGCCUGUUCUCGGCUGGUACAGAGCUUCGACGAUACAGCGCGAGCCCGGAAAUUGAAAGGCAAACGGCGUGAAGUGGCUGGGAGAAGUGAGCGCGUGAAAGAGAGAUUUGAGGACACAGUGUUCGGGCUCAACUUGACUGGCUUGAAAUGUCUGGUUUCUCGUGCCGGCAUCCAUGACAUGCAGUCAUUUCUGAGUUCUGAUGGGCCUUCAUCCCAAGCAUUGACCCUGAAUGCUGAGCCGCAGGGUCUAGAUGCCCUCUUGUUCUCAAAGAACUCAAGCGGCAAGUCACAUAUGCUCAGCGCGUUGCAUCUGCAACUUCCCGGCCUCCCUAGCCGCAGCAAAGAAGUCAGGGUGAAGGCGGGUGAGACGACACUUUGGCAGACAAGCGUUGGAUGCUUGGUGGUGCGAGUGCUGGUCACCUGCCCUCCGCAAUUGCUUCUUAUCGUUUCUUCCCCUUUCAUGCUGGUGAACCGUACUCUUCUAGAUAUCAAUGUUCGACUGCUUAAGUGCAGUCAAGGAUGUGACGGUCAUGACACCAGUGCUGGUGGGCUGUGGCCGCCGUUCUGCAUUCCGACAAGUCUGCUGGAACCGAGCGGCCCAACUGUGCCCUUGGGCGAGGAGACUACAUACAGCCAGGAGUCCACCGACAAUUCUUUGUUCUUGCCUUCCAAUUUUUGCCUCGCCUUGCCGCCUGAAGUUCUGACGAUUGCAUCAGGAUGCUUUCAGCUUCGGCCAUCCGCAUCUUCGGUAGGCGGGGUGUCCUUCUCCUGGAGUGCCCCGAUCCAUCCAAGUCACUUUGACGAUGCGCCAGCAAUAUACUCACGGUCGGUCGCUUCGGACUUCACCUUGCCGGCCUAUGGCCUCCGGUUGGCUGUAGACCGCCAAGCACCUGGUGCUUCAAUGGAAGGGGUGUACCAGGUGGACAUACGACCCCCCUUCAGCCUCUGCAAUGCCUGCCCUGUGGAUUUGUGCUAUGAAUUGCGAUGGCUAUCGACACAAGACGGCUCUUGGGCACCACGCGAAUUGCAGCGCGCAGCAGAUUCGUGUGAUGCGAACGAAGUCCUUCACAUUCAUGACGGCUAUGGUGGAGUUUGGGAUGUGCCUCCGAAUGGAUUCGUUCUUGUCGCGCCCUUACUCACGCGCCAUCGAAGCUUCCAGUGGUGGGCCGGAAGCCGCAAGGAGCAGCAGGACUGUCCCAAAGGAACAAACAUGUUGGAGGUGAAGCGCUCUGGGCAGCGAGUGGAGUGGCACUUCUGUGGGGCUCAGCGGGGAAAGGUGCAAAAGCAUCAGAUGCGGCUUCCACCAGGGGAUGAGGUUCCGAUCUACGAGUUGCCAGAGCAGUUCGGUGCAGUCCAGUCUGGUGGCGUGCUGCGACAGGCUCUCCAUCGAAACGAGACAAACUUGCCCCCAUUGCUGAUGGCCGUCGCCCUGAUCGACAAGAACACAGGCAAAAAGUCAACAUGGUCCUUAGUCAUUCCGGUUCUUGUUGAGGGAACAAUGGCCAGCGUCCCUCUGGACAUGGGCAAAGGGCUCUGGCUGCGAUGUGCCCGACAAACAGGACUCUGCCAGGCUACAGUGUUUGCAAAUUCUUGGUUCAAUGAUGCCACUGGCCUGGGGGCUGUUAUGUUAAGAGGGAGGCAGCCUCUGCCCGUCUUCAACAACUUGGCCAUUGUGGACCCAGAAGCCUGGGGUGAUGAGGAUGAGGAUGAUAAGUCAUUCGACGUUACUCUUUCCAGCAGCCACCGUCCUGUCCCAGUACCAUUCGUCGGAUUGGGGCAGUCUGUGAAGCUGUGGCUGACAGAUUUGCACAGUUGCAUUUUGAAGAGUGAGCUGAUUAGCCUGUCGACGUCCCAUGCUGCGAACCCUACGUGGGGCUCUACUUUACUUACUCUCUUACCCGCCGUUCUCGUUUUCAACACUUUAGAAUGCGAUUUCGGCAUCAGGCAGGAGAAUGCUUUGAACAUCACGUGGUUGGCACCAGGCUCUCGAGCUUCGUUCUAUUGGGAUGCGCAAAGUACGCCUCGCCGUGUACAGGUGGCUCUGCGCAGCACUGGAGAUGUGAAGGGCCUUCGUGCUGAACCGAGUGAGCUGAUGUGGUCUGCUUCCUUCGAUGUCUCGGAGCACGGGCUUGGGGCUUUCCCAGUAAUUCUCUCGGACACGAGGUUCAAAGAGUAUCUUUUCUGCCUACAGGUCAGCCAAUGCUCUGGACAGCUUAUCACGAUAACUGCUGCAGGUUCUCACGCUUGCCAUCAGUUGCUAAAUCGGCAUCCUUGCCUCAUGGUUGACAUUUCUUUUGACGAGAUUAUAGAUGCAACAGACUGCACGUCUCGCUUUGUGGCACUGCACGGGACCAGAGUGGCCUUCGGUUCCUCCGGAGUCCAUCCCUUCCAAACUGUCCAAACUAUCACGUUAAUGAUGGUUGACAUCCAGAGCCAGAAGACAUCGCACCUCAAUCUGAGACUAGAUUGCCCUGUGAGUCAGACUUUGGAGCCUGGUGCGCUACCGAUACCAGUUGCUGUGCGCUUAGACGUAUCUGAGCGGGUGGCUCACAUAUCAAUUUCUCCUGUCAGCAUCUUGGGAAGCCUUGGUGCGGAGACCUCUCCAACCUCGUGGAUGCUGGAUGUGGACGUCCGCAUCCCUGCCCUUGAGAUUGGCAUUAUGAGCAGCCGGUCUACGCAUGAAGAGACUUUGCGAUGUGACCUAUCAAAUUUGACGUUGAAGUGCAGCCAGAAAAAUGGAACUCGCACCUCCAUCAUUGAACUCGUUGCUUUGCAGGUCGACCAUCAUCCCAAAGGAAGGCGGAAGGGGCCUCGAGCAGCCGUAGUCAUGGCAUCCUUAGACCAAGGCCAUCCGUGGCGAAUGCGCAUUGAACGUGAGAAGUUGAAUGGAACUGAUGUCACAAUACGAUCAGUGGGCCUUGAGUUCUUCCCUGCCCAGCAGAAUGAAGAGGUGGUCUUAGAAUGCACCGCGUCUGAAGAGCUGCUGGGAGAGCUCAAAGAUUUGGUUCGCGAGGCAACCCCACCGCAGCUUGAAGGUAUGUGCCUGUUUGAUGUCGUUCGUGUGGCGGGCCACGCCUACCACACCACCUUGACGGAGCAGCCCCAGCCGGCGAGAAAGUACAUUCUGCACAAUAUCCAAUGUGGGGAGUUCAAGAUUGGUGUCUGGUGCAAGCUGAGCAGUGCCAGCUUACCGAGCGUCAUCAGCACCAUGCUCAAGGUUAGCAGCUUCUCACACACGCUUGAAAUUGGGGGCGCUCGCAUCAAGCUGCCCAGGCAGAGUCUCUUCAGCAGUGGACGCCCCUUUGAGGGCUCGAUGGAGGCACUGGCAAACUGUCUCGUGGAGAAGUACAAGCCCUUCGUUUCCAAGUCGUGGCGGUCGAUUCUGAACAACUCGAACGCAGUGCUAGGGGGGUUAUUCAGUCGCUACACGUGGGCUCCGCGUCAGCGCAGAAUCGACUCACCGAAGCCAGCUUCCAUGCUGCUGCUGCACAAUGGCAUUGUGAAAUUGCGAGAAGAGGCUGGAGCACAGGCUGGAGCACAGGGACACCUCCGCGAAGUUCGCGAUGUCCGCAAAACACCUGAGGAUCUCCACCUGGACGACACGGGCCUUGCGUGCGCCUUGCAAAGUCGCAGUUCGAAGCAGGUCGAAGAGUUCGUAAGGGCACUCGUGGAGAUGCUUGGUGCACGAGUGCGUGACGAGCAUCGCUUCGCCCAGUAUUGCAAGUCUUUGCUAGGCGCGAGAGAAGCGAGUCUGGCAGACGUGGUGGCGUUCCUCACAUCCGAGUCAAGCAUGAGCGCAGGAGUGGUAAAGCAGCAUUAA